AGGACCUCCGCGCCCAGAUAGCCGCCCUCUCGAGCGAGGCCGCGCGGGUGGACCAGCUGGACUCCGAGAACCAGGAGCUCCGCGCCAAGAUAGCCACGCUCUCCGAGGAGGCGUCCCUGUUUUCCCUGCCGGAGGCCACUCUGCCGGAGCUGCCAGACCUGGCGCCGCCGGCGAAGGGGGAGCCGGACGCCAGGAAGCGCCAGGACGCGGACGGCCAGAAGCGCGCCGCGGCUGGCGCGCUGGUGACGCGGAGCUCCGAGGGGGAGACCAUGGUCUUCACCACGGACGACGGCGGGAAGGACGCGGCGAGCGCGCCGCGGGAGCCCGCGCCGGCCGCCUCCGCCGAGAAGGCGCCGAAAGAGAAAAAGGCGAGAAAAAAGGAUAAGGAUAAGGAUAAGGAAAAGGAGAAAGAGAAGGAGAAGCAAAAGGAUAAGGAUAGAGAGGAGGAUGGAGAGCGAGAAAAAGACAGGGGCAAAAAGAAAAAAGACAAGGACAGGGACAAGGCGGACGCCGAGGAGGCGAAGGCGGACAAGAAGAAGAAAAAGAAGAGGAGAGGCCGGUCCGAGGAGAGGUCCGAGGCCAGCAGGUCUGGAGGCUCGGACGCCAGCGGCUCGGAGGACGAUGAGGACGCCAGCGCCUCCGACUACUCCCGGUCGCGAUCAGGCUCCUAUUCGGGCGACAGCGCCGACGACGGCGACGACAGCUGCAGCCGGAGCCGGCGGCGGCGCAAGAAGCGCCGAGAUAGGAGCAAGAGCAAGGACGGCUCCGAAGACGGCCGUCGCAAGCACCGCCGCCGGCGCCGACGGCGAGGCCGCAGCCGGAGCGGCAGCGGCAGCGCGGACAGCCGGCGUAGCCGAAGUCGAAGGCC